UGUUGGUGUAGGUUCUCCAGCCAAGGAAUAUACACAUGCAUCCAAGCUUCCAAAAGAAUAGUGUGGUCCAGUGUACUCUUGGGCUAUAGUAGUAUUGGAAGUUGACUUUUCUUCUCCCGUCUCCCCACACCAACUGAGCACAACCAUCUUUCUUCUUCCAAUUCUGGCUGAAAGACAAGAUCACAUCCAUCUGCAGCCAUCUGCUCAUCACCAUUUAUCUUGCCUCAGGAAUAAUAUCUCCUCUCAGAAUGGGUGCUGAACUAACUGUUACGGGGUGGUUCUUGUCGCCAAUCAUACGGGAGAUGCAGGAUACCGCUUUGGCCUACAUAAAGGGGCAAUUCAGUUGGAAGAAAGAUCAGGAGAAGGACCUUGAACGCCUUGACAUCACCCUGACAGAGAUUCUGACCAUUGUGGAUGUCAUCGAGAAGAGGGAGAUCAAGGAUGGCAACCAGAGGAGGCUGCUAAGCAUACUUAAAGACGCCAUUUACGGCGCUGUCGAUGUGCUGGACGGCUUCCAGUACAUGGUCCUCAAGUCCAAGGUUGAUAGCCAGUCUGCGGUGAGUCGUGUGACCUCAACCUGUAUUUACUUGGGUAAACGUUUGAUCGGUGCCGACGAAUUCCGGGGGAAGCUAGCAGAUAUUUUGGAGAAAUUGGGCGUGGUCAAGACAACGGCAGAUACCUUAUUGAAGGUAGUUAAUUUUGACAAUGCUACUGCAAAGUUAUUGCCAGUAACACGGCUGCGUGUAACUUCCCCUUUGAAGGAAAAUCACCAUAUAUAUGGUCGAAGAGAUGAGCUUCAUAAGCUGAGAGAUAUGUUGUUUGAGAUAAGCGACAGUGAUGCACCCCGACCCAGUAAUGCACCUGUACCCGGUGACUCAAGCAUUGAUAUUAUAUCCGUUGUAGGUGUUGGUGGGGUUGGGAAGACUAGCCUUGCACGGUUGGCAUUUGAAGAUGAACAAAUACGCAUGAACUUCGGUCUCAGGAUGUGGGUUUCUGUAUCUGAUACUUAUGAUGAGAUUAGAUUAACAAGGGAUAUUUUGGAGUCUUUAACUGAUGCAAAUUAUCACACUGUUGCUGAAUUUGAUGAAUUGCAGAAUGCUCUUCGUGAAAAGAUAGCUGGAAAGAAAUUUCUCCUCAUACUAGACGAUGUUUGGUAUGACGAGGACAGAACAAAAUGGGAGAAUGAAUUACUAUGGAGCAAAGUGUUGUCUUCUUUGAAUACUGGACUGGAAGGGUCGAAGAUUUUGGUGACAACUCGAGCUGACAAAGCUUGCAGUAUCCUACAUGCUAGGACACCCCCUUUACGUUUGGGAGGAUUGGACAGAGAUGAUUACUGGUUGCUAUUCAGAAACCAUGCAUUUGGUGAGAAAUACCCAGGACAAUUUCCAGAACUCAGGGAAGUAGGAAUACAAAUUUGUCGCAGAUUGAAUGGUUUGCCUCUAGCAGCAAAGAUAAUCGGUCGCCUAUUGAAUGCUGAUUUGGAUGUCAGCCACUGGAAGAAAGUUCUGGAGAGUGAUAUAUCUGAUGAUGUUAUGAAGGUUCUCAGGUUGAGUUACCAGCACUUACCUGUCCAAUUGAAGCUAUGCUUUAGCUUCUGCAGCCUUUUCCCGAAGGACUGGCGUUUUGAACCUCAAAGACUCACUGAAAUGUGGAUUGCGCAGGGUUUUGUGCAGAGGGAGGAUUCAUAUGACACUGAUACAAAUAUUGAGGAUGUGGCAAAGGGCUACUUCAAUGAACUUGUGCAAAGAUCAUUCUUUGAGCGGUCAUUGUUGGACCUCCCAACAGAGUAUGUCAUGCAUGAUUUGAUCAAUGACUUGGCUCGGAAUGUCUCGAAGGAUGAGUAUGUCAGGGUGGAAAAUGAUAAACAAAAGGAGAUCCCACCAAACAUUCGUCAUCUAUCAAUAUCAGCAAAUUUGUUAGGCAGCAUGAAGAAAACAGAGUUGAGAAAUUUGCGCACCUUGAUUGUUUGGAAGAAGACAUGGUCUUGCUUAAAAUUAUCCCUUCCAGAUGAUGUAUUCAAGAAGUCCAAAAGCAUCCGUGUGCUGGACUUGAGCGGUUGUUGCCUGGAUAGGUUGCCGACAUCAGUGGAAGUUCUUAAACAUCUGCGUUAUUUCGCUUUUCGGGUUCCUCAGAGGCCGUGGCAAACAUCAUUGAUUCGGCUCUACCACCUGGAGGUCUUGGUCACAAGAGGGCACUCCUGCCGGGAAAGUGAAUGCGCCAACCUUCCUGCAAACAUGAAGAGGAACCUGCUCAAAUUAAGAAAAGCUUUCCUUCUCAAUGUUGGCGGCGCCACGAUAUCUGGUUUCGGAGGACAAACUCUUCUCCAUGGCCACGGGGAGUUCGAUGUCAGGAAGGAGAGUGGAUACAGACUAGGUGAGCUGAAGGAGGUGAAAAAUAUUAGUGGACAGUUAAAAAUUAGAUCUCUCGAGAAUGUUGAACAUCAGCAAGAGGCAGUUAAUGCCAGCCUAGAUUGCAAAGAGCAUAUUGAAUAUUUGGAACUUGAGUGGAGCAUCCAUGCAAGGGCUUUAACUUCUGAUAUUGAUAACGAUGUGCUCAAUGCCCUUAGACCUCACCCUAAUCUUGAUCGGUUGAAGAUCAUUGGAUAUGGAGGAACGAGGUCACCCAGUUGGUUUGAGGCAAAUUGGCUGACUGCAUUGAGUUCUUUAGUUCUUGAGAACUGCAUUGGUUGGGUACAGUUGCCCCCUUUUGGUCAGCUUCCUCUGCUCAAGUAUCUUGAACUAAGAGGCAUGCAUGCUGUCAGGCAGAUUGGUCAAGAAUUCUAUGGGAAUGGUGACAUAAAGGGCUUCCCAAUUUUGGAAGACAUGAUAUUUGAUGGCAUGCUCAACUGGGAUGGCUGGUCUGGAAUCGGAGAUGGUUCUUUGUUUCCAUGUCUUGAAAGGCUACUCGUAUCACGGUGUCCAAAGAUUCGAGAAAUACCAACCUUUAGUGCAACACCAAGAGUUGAAGUCAAAAUAUCACCUGAUUCACCGCCAGCUUCUUGUUUAAUCGAGUCACUAAUUGCAACCGCAUCACGGUUGAUCUUUCUAGUUAGCUCCUACAGCUUCUUGAGUGACCUAACCACUGAGCAACUAAACCAUGUCGCUGAGUUGAACCUGCAGAACUGUACAGAUUCAAUGCCAGCGGGUGGAUUUCACAGACUUAGCUCCCUUCAGGUGUUCAGGAUCAGCAACUGUUCAACGUUACUGUCAUCGGUCAGUACAGAAGCAGUUGACACAUAUUUACUUCCUCCAUCUCUUUGCCAUAUUGAAAUAGCUCAAAGCAAUGUUCAUUGCAGCUUACUACCAAGGUAUUUGCAAGGCCUAACUUGUCUCUCGACGUUGGUGCUCAAUAGCUGCCAUUUGAUGACAUCAUUGUCAUUUGCUUCUGAAAACCCCCACCUCGUUGCUCUGGAAAGUAUAACCAUUAAAGAUUGCAAUGAACUUGUUUCAUUGGAUGGAUUUACAAAUCUUGGUGCUCUCCGGAAGUUAGUUGUUGCAGAUUGUUACAAUUUCUGCUCCUUGCCAUCUGACUUGAAUAUAGUGGGAUCUCUUGAGAAAUUAGUCAUAUGUGGGUGCCCAAUGAUGAGGUUUCUCCCCGAAGAUGGCUUGCCAGCUUCUGUGCAGACUAUUUUGUUAUCAAAAUGCCAUCCAGAGCUUGAUACCCAGCUUCAGAGGAAGGAAGGUGCUGAAUGGAACAAGAUUGUUCAUAUCCCUGAGAAGAAAUUAGAGGUAGGGCUGAUUGAUUUGUUGACUAUAUUUCCGGCCAAUUCUUCCUGAAGAUGUUAUUAUACUCUCUGACUACAAGGAUUGCAAACUCUUGGAUGGAUAUUGCCUUUGCAGUUUACCAGCCGCAACUCUACUUGGGGAAAGACAAUCUUUCUGUAUGUUGCAUGUGUUCAGAUUUUCAUCAGCUGCUUUUUUUUUUUGCGGAACGAUUUUUAUGUCAGGUUUGUAUAUUUUUAUUUUCCGUAAAUGUAGACAGGGUGGACUGAAGUUUGGUCUUUGGUGGCUGAAAAACAAAAACCAUGUUCUGAGAAGAAUUCUAAAGAACUGGCACUCACUUGCAAUAACUGCCUUCCUGUGCAGCGUGCACUGAACAGUGUUACAAUCGAACAAGGCAGCAAAAAUACCUUCCCGUGCAGCGUGCACUUUUUUUUUUUUUUUUUUUUUGCUAGGGAGCUAGUAGUAGAGUUGGAUGACUUGUAACCAAAGGGCCUGGAAUUGGUAGUUCAUCUAGCGUAUUUGAAUAUUUGAUUCUAGCACUUGAACCAACCAGCAUAUGUUCAUGUGUUAGAAACACAAAAAAUAAUGAUUCAAGGUAAUUCGGAAAUGGUAGGAAGCUUGGUCCCACAAGGCUGAUUGAGUAGAGGUGAUAAAUCCUGAUAUUUUGUUUCUAGUUCAUUCUUUUCUGCGAGUUGGUAGAGCGUUUUCCAGGUUCUGAAAUAUGAAUGCUUCAGUUCUGUCGAAUAAAUGGACAGAGUAUCUGACCGACCUUUUGGAGGAGUUCGUUUUUCCUUUUUCCUCUCUUUAGGAAUAAAAGUUUGUGAGACGUCGUGCUCUUUUGCUUUCUGAAACAUGGAAUGCUAGAAUUCGGAAGGGCUUAUCCUGAGAGGAGGUACAGGAUAAGGCCGUGGUGCAUUUAUAUGGCUGGCUUGAAUUUUGCCAUCUGAAUCCCAUCAUUUCACCUCGUUUUCUACGGGGCUGAAAAUGGCAUUGCCCUCAGAUUGUUCUUCUUACUUAAGAGUGUGAUCUAUGAGUCUGGGUUUACAGUGUGAUCCCCUCCCCAUUGUACCAUAUGCCGAUAACUUAUUUGUUCUAGCCUCGUACUCCCUCGUCCAGAAAUACUUGUCGGAGAGAUGGAUGUAUCUAGACGUAUUUUAAUUAUAGAUACAUCCAUUUCUCCGGCAAGUAUUUCCAGAUAGAGGGAGUAUUUAUUUCGCAAUCUUCCUUUUGAAAUAUAUCCCCGUCUG